UUACGCAGAAUUGUCAAUACGCAAACAAGUGAGGCCUAAAGUUUAUCUGUACAUGUUUGAGGUGGUUGCGGUAGCCGCGUGGGGUUAAUGUGCGUAGCUGCGCGUUUCGUGAACGGUGAAGUUUGAUUUGGACCUGUGCGACACCGUUUUGUGCCGUUCCUGCUCGCUAAAAGACACAAUGUCCGAUUCGGAGUCGGUCGACACUGAUGAAGAGUUGCAAGAGAAACUUGCAAAGGGUGAAUUGAAGCCCGGACUCUACGCCAUCGCUCCUCAUGUCAAGAAGGAGUUCGUCAACAACACGGCAGCGCUGAAGCAGAAGCUCGCCGAAAUGGAGCUCGACUUGGAGUGGGUUGAGACUCUCACUAUGGUUAACGGGUUGGCGCCCCUGACGCCCGAGCUGUCGGAGCAGUUUGGCGACAUGGAGCUGAAAAAGAACCGCAAGGGCGACGUGGUCAGGGGUGCCGCUGAGGACGCCGUGCACCACGACUUCAAACGUGAAAUGGCAUUCUACCGCCAGGCUCAGGCAGCUGUGCUGGAGGGCAUUCCACGCCUCCACGAGUUGGGCGUCGUGACAAAGAGGCCCGAGGACUACUUUGCCCAGAUGGCCAAGGCAGACACGCACAUGACGAAGGUGCGCGAGAAGCUGCUGUCCAAGAAGGUGGCCCUGGAACGCUCUGAGAAGGCUCGCAAGAUGCGAGAGCUCAAGAAGUUUGGCAAGAAGGUUCAAGUCGAGGUGUUGCAGCAGCGGCAGAAAGAGAAGCGAGAAAUGAUGGAGAACUUGAAGAAGUUCAAGAAAGGCCAUGGCUCCUUGGAUUUCUUAGAAAACAGCGGGAGGCAAAAAGGCCCGAAACCGGGUGCUAGUGGCAACCAGCCGGGACGGGGCAAGGGCCUCACAAAGUCGCAGAUGAAGCGACAAUAUAAGGACAAGAAGUACGGCUAUGGUGGGCAGCGCAAGCGCUCCAAGUUCAACACGGCCAGCAGCUCGGCGGACGUAGAGGGCUUCAGCCGAAAGAAGCACAACACAGCACCUGGUGCUGGCAAGAAGAAGCGCCUUGGGAAGUCAAGGAGAAAAAAGAAAUGAGUGCCUUUUUUAUUGUUAAUAAAUGUGUGUAAGGAU